AUGGCAGACCGCGGCGUGGAUUUGUCCGCCCUGCCAAAAGAGGUUAGAGACCAAUUGGCGGAGUUGGAUCUGGAGCUGUCUGAAGGUGACAUCACGCAGAAGGGCUAUGAGAAGAAGAAAGCCAAGCUGCUGGCCUCCUACAUCCAACAUUUGCCAAAUGUGGAUCUGUCUCUGCCAGAUGUUCAGCUUUCCCCGGGCCACAGUGCCGACCCCAGCCCAAGUCCUGAGGUCCCGGGCCCCUCCACAUCUUCAGCCUCCAAACACCACCGUGCACACCGUAGUGGAGGGGCCAGAGACGAGCGCUACAGAUCAGACAUCCACACAGAGGCUGUGCAGGCAGCACUGGCCAAACACAAAGAAGAGAAGAUGGCAUUGCCCAUGCCAACCAAGAGACGCUCAGCCUUUGUUCAGUCUCCCAUAGACACCUGCACUCCUCCAGACACAUCUUCUGCAUCAGAGGAUGAAGGCUCACUGCGCAGGAAGGCAGCUCUCAGUGCAGUGCUCGCCCAGAGCCUGCAGAGCCCAGAUUACUGGAUCAACCGUUCCGUCCAAAGCUCCUCCACGUCUUCAUCUGCUUCCUCCACCCUUUCACAUGGAGAGCCCAAGACCCAGCCACAGCCCCAGCUCCAACCUGCUGCUUCAGUGUUGGCUGACGUACUGGCCUUCACACGCAUUGAAAACAGUGUCCCCCCAGAUGUGACGUCCUCCACUCCCCAGGAGAGGGGAUCCAGAGUGGACCUCCCCCCGGCAGUCAGGGGCAUGAGCCGUGGGCAGAGCCGUUCCAGCAUGCUGGAUACAGCUGAUGGAAAAAGAAAAGGCGUGCCUGUCAGCAGCAGGGUGUCCACCAAGAUCCAACAGCUGUUAAACACACUCAAGCGGCCGAAGAGACCACCACUCAGCGAAUUCUUCGUUGAUGACUCUGAGGAGAUUGUAGAAGUGCCCCAGCCUGACCCCAACACCCCAAAGCCAGAGGGACGUCAAAUCAUCCCGGUGAAAGGGGAGCCCCUUGGUGUCGUCAGUAACUGGCCUCCUGCCCUGCAGGCUGCCCUGGCCCGCUGGGGGGCCACCCAGGCCAAGAGCCCUGCCCUCACGGCUCUGGAUAUCACGGGCAAACCUCUCUACACACUUACAUAUGGUAAACUGUGGAGUCGCAGUCUGAAGCUGGCCUAUACACUGCUGAAUAAACUGGGCACCAAGACAGAACCUGUCCUACAGCCUGGAGAUCGUGUGGCGCUGGUGUAUCCAAACAGUGACCCAGGCAUGUUCUGGGUGGCUUUUUAUGGCUGCCUUUUAGCUGAGGUCAUCCCUGUGCCCAUUGAGGUACCACUGUCACGACAGGACGCAGGCAGUCAGCAGAUCGGCUUCCUAUUGGGCAGCUGUGGCGUUAGUCUGGCACUGACCAGUGAGGUGUGUCUCAAAGGGCUGCCCAAGACGCCAAAUGGAGAGAUCAUCCAGUUCAAAGGGUGGCCAAGGAUGAAAUGGGUAGUGACGGACACCAAGUACCUGACCAAACCAUCCAAAGACUGGCAGCCUCACAUCCCCACCGCCAACACAGACACCGCCUACAUAGAGUACAAAGCCAGUAAGGAGGGGACGGUGAUGGGAGUUGCUGUGUCCAAGAUCUCCAUGCUGACCCACUGCCAGGCCCUGUCGCAGGCCUGUGGCUACUGUGAAGGGGAGACACUGGUCAAUGUGUUGGACUGCAAGAAGGAUAUGGGCAUGUGGCAUGGCGUCUUAACGAGUGUCAUGAACAGAAUCCACACCAUCACAGUGCCAUAUGCUGUCAUGAAAGCAUGUCCCAUGUCGUGGGUGCAGAGGGUCCACAUUCACAAAGCACGUGUUGCCUUGGUAAAGUGCCGUGACCUCCACUGGGCCAUGAUGGCCCACAAGGACCAGAGAGACACCAACCUGUCCUCCAUACGUAUGCUCAUUGUGGCUGAUGGAGCAAACCCAUGGUCCGUGUCGUCGUGUGAUGCCUUCCUGAAUGUGUUCCAGUCUCACGGUCUGAAGCCAGAGGUGAUCUGUCCAUGUGCCACCUCCCCUGAGGCCCUGACUGUGGCCAUACGCAGGCCUGGUGCUCGAGGUGCUCCACUUCCAGCCAGGGCCAUCCUGUCCAUGGGUGGGCUGAGCCACGGGGUGAUCAGGGUGAACACGGAGGACAAAAACUCUGCUCUCACUGUUCAGGAUGUGGGCCACAUCAUGCCUGGAGCUCUAAUGUGCAUUGUCAAACCUGACGGGUCUCCUCAGCUGUGCAAGACAGAUGAAAUAGGGGAGAUUGUGAUCAACUCUCGGGCUGGAGGCACCAUGUACUACGGCCUGCCAGGUGUCACCAAGAACACAUUUGAGGUUAUCCCCGUCAACCAAGCAGGAGCACCCAUAGGUGAAAUUCCUUUCACUCGAACUGGUCUGCUUGGAUUUGUGGGACCGGGCAGUCUGGUGUUUGUUGUGGGGAAGAUCGAGGGGCUGCUGAUGGUGAGCGGGCGCCGCCACAACGCCGACGACCUGGUGGCCACAGCGCUGGCAGUGGAGCCUGUCAAAACAGUUUACAGGGGGAGGAUCGCUGUGUUCUCGGUGACAGUGUUUUAUGAUGAGAGGAUAGUGAUUGUGGCAGAGCAGAGGCCUGAUGCCAGUGAGGAGGACAGCUUCCAGUGGAUGAGUCGAGUACUGCAGGCCAUUGACAGUAUCCACCAGGUCGGCCUGUACUGCCUCGCGCUCGUCCCUGCCAACACCCUUCCUAAGACGCCCCUUGGAGGGAUCCACAUCUGUGAAACCAAGCAGAACUUUUUGGAGGGAAACUUGCACCCCUGUAAUAUCCUCAUGUGCCCGCACACCUGUGUUACCAACCUGCCAAAGCCUCGGCAGAAACAGCCAGUGGAUGUUGGUCCUGCUUCGAUGCUGGUCGGCAACUUGGUGGCAGGGAAACGGAUCGCUCAGGCUAUAGGCAGAGAGCUGGGUGUGGUGGAGGACCAGGACCUGAUCCGAAAGCACCAGUUCUUGUCGGAAGCUCUCCAAUUUAGAGCUCAAACAGACCCAGAUCAUGUCCUAUAUGUGCUGCUCAAUGCCAAGGGGGUGGCAGUGUGCACAGCCACUUGUGCUCAGCUGCACAAGAGAGCUGAGAAAAUCACAGCUACUCUGAUGGAGAGAGGAGGCCUCAACACAGGAGACAAUGUGGUGCUGCUUUACCCCCCAGGUAUCGACCUGAUAGCUGCCUUUUACGGCUGCCUGUAUGCGGGGGUCAUCCCUGUGACAGUGAGGCCACCCCACCCACAGAACCUGGCUGCUACUCUCCCCACGGUCCGCAUGAUCAUCGAUGUGAGCAAAGCAGCCUGCAUCCUCACUACUCAGCCUCUCAUGAGGAUCCUCAGGUCCAGGGAGGCUGCUGCCAGCGUCAACGUCAAGACAUGGCCCACCAUCAUCGAUACAGAUGAUCUCCCCAGAAAGCGGCCUCCGCACAUUUAUAAGCCCCCUACAGCUGAGAUGCUGGCCUACCUGGACUUCAGUGUGUCCACCACAGGCAUGUUGACUGGAGUCAAGAUGUCUCAUGCUGCAGUCAGUACUCUGUGCCGCUCCAUUAAGCUGCAGUGUGAGCUCUACUCCUCUCGCCAAAUAGCCAUCUGCCUGGACCCGUACUGUGGCCUGGGCUUCGUCCUGUGGUGCCUCUCCAGUGUUUACUCAGGUCACCAGUCCAUCCUUAUCCCUCCCCUGGAGCUGGAGAGCUCGCUGCCUCUGUGGCUGAGCACGCUCAGUCAGUAUAAGAUCAGAGACACCUUCUGCUCCUACUCUGUGAUGGAGCUCUGCACCAAAGGCCUGGGCACCCAGACAGAGAUGCUGAAGGCGCGGGGUCUGAAUCUGUCGUGUGUGCGGAGCUGUGUGGUGAUCGCAGAGGAGCGUCCUCGCCUCGCUCUCACGCAGUCCUUCUCCAAGCUCUUCAAAGAUCUCGGCCUGUCGCCACGCGCCGUCAGCACCGCCUUUGGCUCCAGGGUCAACCUGGCCAUCUGCCUGCAGGGCACUGCUGGUCCAGACCCCUCCACUGUCUACGUUGACAUGAAGUCUCUGCGCCAUGACAGGGUGAGGUUGGUAGAACGAGGAGCGCCACAGAGUCUUCCACUCAUGGAGUCAGGCACCAUCCUUCCUGGAGUGAGGGUCAUCAUCGUUAACCCAGAGACCAGAGGCCCGCUGGGAGAUUCACAUCUUGGGGAGAUCUGGGUAAGCAGCGCUCACAGUGCCAGUGGCUACUACACCAUCUACGGGGAGGAGAGCCUCCAGGCGGAUCAUUUUAACACCAGACUCAGCUUUGGGGAACCCCACACUCUGUGGGCCAGGACGGGCUACCUGGGCUUCAUCAAGAGGACUGAGUUACUAGAUGCAAGCGGAGAUCGUCAUGAUGCUCUGUUUGUGGUUGGCUCCCUCGACGAAACGUUGGAGUUGAGGGGAUUACGCUACCACCCCAUCGACAUCGAGACGUCUGUGUCGCGAGCACACCGCAGCAUCGCAGAAAGUGCCGUAUUCACAUGGACCAACCUGCUGGUGGUGGUGGCGGAGCUGAGUGGCUCGGAGCAGGAGGCCUUGGACCUGGUGCCCCUCGUCACCAACGUGGUCCUGGAGGAGCACCACCUCAUCGUGGGCGUGGUGGUCAUCGUGGACCCCGGCGUGAUUCCCAUCAACUCCAGGGGGGAGAAGCAGAGGAUGCACCUGCGAGACUCCUUCCUGGCAGACCAACUGGACCCCAUCUACGUGGCCUACAACAUGUGAUCGCCCCCAUCGGCCAACUGAUGAAAAUGCAGAAAACUGAGCCAGGCUCUGAGAUGGGGGAGAAGGUUGGGGGGGUGCAUUCAGUAGCAACCCCGGUGUCAAGCCUCAGACACACAUUCAAAAACACCAAACAAUGUGGGAAUGCGAGUACAGCACCAGUACUGUAAUGACAACGUGCUUCCCUCUCAGAAACUACUUUGCUUCCACCUUCUCAAUCGCUGCAGUCCAGGUUCACAUAGAUUUCUACUGAGGAGGAAGGAUCAUUUCUCUCCUCAUUAAAAAGUAGAUCCAUCUGUCAACUGCAGGAAAUAUCAUCCUCUCCGUGCAUCCCACUUCUCCCUCAUAUCUCCACUUCAUGUUUUAAAAAAACAUUUUUAAUUACAUACUGCUAUCAAAGACCCCCCUUCCAUUCCUGAGUUUUUACCAUCAUCCUCAUGUGCUUGUUUUUCUGUUUUGUUUUUUUUUUUAACCCCCCCCCCUCCAUUCUUGAAGGCAGGGUGGCGCACUGGAACUGCUGAGAGGAGCUGGAACUUUCCCCUCUUGCACUUUAAGUCCUCGCACCUGAGUCCACUUCCUGUCUCACCUGCCUGAGGGGGCAAAAUCCGCAUCAGUAUUAAAAAGUGCCACCAGCAAGUGCAGCCCAGAUAUAUAACCUUUGUACCAGGUGCACCGUGGCUUCCACCUCCCAUCAUGCUCUGUUUUUUGCCGGCAGACAUGCUGUCGAUGCUACAAAAUGUCACUUGAAUUAAUUGUUGGUGUGGGAAAAGAAAGACUGGCUUCAUAAAUGUACAAACCUGGAGAGUAAAAAGGAUCUUUGAUCUGCAGAAGCACAGAUUUAGAUUUCACUUUGAGUAGGAGUCAGUCCAUUAGAUAGUUCUCAUGAUUGUGAAGUACUAAGAAAUCUUUUUAAAAGCACCAGUUUUUUAUAAGAGUUGAGGCGAUACCUGGUGUUUAGGUGUUCAUGUUACUUUGAGUGCAGACAGUGUCGACAUGCCAGAACCAAAAGAAAAACUGUAAGGAGGUAAAGCAUUUCCAGACUCCUGAAAAACUCUUCUUAUCAUCUGGAUGUAAAAAAAAAUACUUUCUACUGCGUGAUACAUUGUUUUCUUAACCCGUACCCCAAGUUCUGAUUGUAUUUUCUAUAUGAGUGAGCUGGAAGUGACAUAUUUCUGUACUUUUAUUUUGUAAAACACAAGUGAAAUAUUGUAUGAAAAUACAAAAUAUUUAGAAGAGAGAAAGAAAGAGAGAAUCUGUUAUUUAUUGUCCAGUAGAAAGUAUAUUUGUUUCAUCCACAUGGUUAAAUGAGUCUGAGGAUUCUCGCAAUUCCAGGUUUUCAUAUCAGAAAAUCAGACAGCGAGUGCUGUGAAGCCAAUGCAUCAGCACAGACUUGGUUGAAGAGAGCUUGACAUCAGUUGACAAAAGCUCAACUCAAGGUCAGCUUAACUGCUUGUUCUAGAUGAGGAUGCACGAUAAAAUAUGUGCAUUAUCGGUACCUGCCAAUCAAAGGCUUUAAAAGGAAAAGCCUUUAUCAGUUUGAAUUGAUAAGCACAUUUUAAGGGGUAAUUUAAUUUUUUUUUUUUUUUUUUACCUUGGCCGGCAUAUCAGUUUUUACUUCCUACUAUCUGUGUCAGCCCCCAAAAUCAAGUAUAUCUUUAUAAUUAUAACAGUUUUUCCGUUUUACUUUCUCAGAAAAAAAUAUAAAAAUGAUGUUGUGAUUAUUAUUGGGGUCUGAUGAGGACUGCGUGACAAAACUGAGAACUCCAGAACAAGCCAGAAGGUGGACCUUGAGUUGAGAUUUAUGUUUUUCUUUUGAGUACCGGUAGGUGUUUGCAGAGUUUGACGGGACAUCGUUGAACAGUUUGAACUAAAGUGAGCAGCUGUGUUGUUUCCCUUAAAGCGAAGAGCAUCUUUCAGCAUCAAAGUAAAUAAAAUAAAAGUAGAUCAUCAGAAGGCAAGUCGGUGCCUUUUUACUACACCAUGGUGACAUUAAGGAUCAUGGACUGUUGAGUUUCUAAAAACAAAGAUAUCAAGAAUGAGGACAGAACUUUGCCUUACUAAACCUGUGGAACUUCACUAGUUUUUAUGCUUAAUCCCUCAUUUCUAGCUGUACUUUUACUGUAAUUAAAGAUCUUUACCACCAUUUUUCACUCGUGGAAUCAGAAGCUGGUAUUUUUUUGGGGGGGUGGGGGUCUUGCCCUUUUUUUGCGGUCAUGCCUUUCUCAUUUCAUCGUUACCAUUCAAACCAAUUAUUUCUGAAUGUCUGUAACACUGAAAAAAAAACAAACAAUUAAAUUAGGAAUGAGCAACAAUCAGUAACCAACCCGUGAUGGCAGAAUCCUCCUUUAAAAAAGAAGGCAGUGAUUAAUGAGGGUGAGGAUGUUGUCUGUAUACUGUAUUUUAGAGGUCAAAUACUGUAUUCCUGGUGUUAAUGUGUACAUGGAUAUGAACUUUGUUGAUAAAAAAAAACUUGACUGAUCUUUUCAUACUUGACAGCAUUUUUCUGCAUUGUUAAUUUAUCAGAUUGCAAAAGAGGGAAAAAAAAGGUUUCAAAUUAUUUUGGCAAGAACAAUGUGCACUUUCCCAAUAUCAUUUUGUGUGUGUAUGUGUGUGUCCUUGAGCGAGUGCGUGAGCGAGUGUGUGCGAGUCCAGUGAUAUUUGGCUUUUCUGGUGCAACAAGGUUUGUCUUUUGUAGGAAAAUGAUCCCAGAAUAUUGAACCAUUUUUUUUUUUAUUUCUUCUUUCUUUCUUUUUUUUUAAUGUCGCCUCCACUGUAUUUUAAUUGGAAUCAGAUUUUAUAGGGGUCUCAUCAAAUAUUUUCCAGAUGUUCUCUUAAAAAAUUCUGCAAACGGCUGGUUUGAUUUCAAUGCAGCUUGUCAUACUGUACAGUCCAACAACACAUCAAUAAACCACUUUUCAUUCAGUGAUGUACACUGAGGACAUGUAUGCAGCCAGUAUCUGGGGCAGGUUACAGUUACACAUGAAUAACAAAGUGAAGCUUCUGAGCUACUGUGUGAUAUUUGCUUUGUUGCUACUGUUUCACUCCAACGACAAGUUUUAAUAAAGUUUUAUAAUUUCAUGUUGGCCUUCAAGCCUUUUCAGUAGACAUUGGUGCUAUUCAAUAAGGGAAAGUUGACAGACUUUUGUCCUCCAAUGUCAAAACAAAGAAGGUUUCUUCCUUGUGGAUGCCCUUAUUAAUGUGUGAAAAUAAGUCUUUCUUCUUCCAUGCCAACACUUUCCAAGAUCACUGCUCAGUUCUGAAAUUGUCUUUCACCUCCAGUUUUCAUCUUCUCUGAGAUCUGAUGAAACACUUUCCCAACAUGGACGGUGCAACUCCACAUAUCCACCGUUUAUAUUUUGAUAUUUAUUUCAGUUUUCCAAGCUGUCGUGUUGUCAGGAAUGACAUUCAUUUCAAACCUCCAAAGUUAUUCGAAGCACAAAUUGUAAAAUGUACAUGUGAGGUUAAUGAAAUUAGGAUCUUUCACACAAAUAAAAAAAAAAAAACUCAAGGGCCCACAAUGUAUACCUCAACGACUGUCUGUUCACUAUGCAUUGUCGAGCUGCAGCAAAGACAUUCUGAACUAGUCAAUGGUGCGAUAACUUCUAACAACAUGUCUUACUUGACAAAAACACUGUCACACUGUCAUUGGAUGUGUUUCAUGUCAAAUAAAAGAAAUCCUUUGUCAGAA